UUUAGAAGGAUAUGCAGUAAGGCACUACGUCCAUAGAUGGCAGCAAUGCCACUUUUUGGAUGCCGGCCGGCCGGCCACCCCUUCAGAAGAAGAAGAGGAAGUAAACAACAAAAUCUAAAAUGCAUCAAAAACUUGUGUGAUGUCGUAGGCUUAAAGCGUUAUCCCUACGCAAAACGCGCUUCCGCAAUGGGACAGCAGAAGGGAAGACAGAGCCUCAGGAAGUGCAGUAGAUUUGGAUGUGGUCGCAGCUCAUCUGAUCUCAAUGGAUUUGUGAAUGCAGGUGAACUGACUGACCGUGUGUCACAUGGCGACGGUGCACCUGAAUGUGACAGUUGGGGAGGACAAAGUCAGAACUGUUGUCAUUGACAACGGCUCUGGAAUGUGCAAAGCUGGCUUUGCUGGAGAGGACGCUCCCCAUGCCGUGUUCCCUUCCAUCGUCGGCAGACCCAGGGAUCAGGGUGUGAUGGUGGGUAUUGGACAGAAGGACUCGUACGUGGGAGACGAGGCUCAGAGCAAGAGGGAUAUCCUCACACUGAAGUACCCCAUUGAGCACGGUAUUGUCACCGACUGGGACGACAUGGAGAAGAUCUGGCAUCACACCUUCUACAACCAGCUGCGUGUUGCCCCCGAGGAGCACCCCGUCCUGCUCACAGAGGCCCCCCUGAACCCCAUGGCCAACAGGGAGACGAUGGCACAGGUGAUGUUUGAGAGCUUCAACACUCCCGCCAUGUACAUAGCCAUCUCCCCUGUGCUGGCCUUCUACGCCUCUGGUCGUAACACGGGUAUCAUCGUGGACUCUGGCGAUGGGGUCACCCACACAAUGCCCAUCUACGAGGGCUACAGCCCCCCUCACGCCACCCUGCGUCUGGACUUGGCUGGCCGCGACCUGACCGACUACCUGAUGAAGAUCCUGACGGAGCGCGGCUACAGCUUCACCACCACGGCCGAGAGGGACGUCGUGCGCGACAUCAAGGAGAAGAUGUGCUACGUGGCGCUGGACUUCGAGCAGGAGAUGGGCACCGCCGCAUCCUCCUCUUCUCUGGAGAAGAGCUACGAGCUGCCCGACGGACAGGUCAUCACCAUCGGCAACGAGAGGUUCCGCUGCCCCGAGGUGCUCUUCCAGCCCUCCAUCUUGGGUAUGAAGUCUGGUGGCAUCCAUGAGACCACGUUCAGCUCCAUCAUGAAGUGCGACGUGGAUGUGCGUAAGCACGUGUACCCCAAUAUUGUGCUGUCCGGCGGCACCACCAUGUACCCAGACGUGUACCCCAAUAUUGUGCUGUCCGGCGGCACCACCAUGUACCCAGACGUGUACCCCAAUAUUGUGCUGUCCGGCGGCACCACCAUGUACCCAGACGUGUACCCCAAUAUUGUGCUGUCCGGCGGCACCACCAUGUACCCAGACGUGUACCCCAAUAUUGUGCUGUCCGGCGGCACCACCAUGUACCCAGGCUUUGCUGACCGCAUGCAGAAAGAGAUCACAUCACUGGCACCCUCCACCAUGUGGAUCAAGAUCGUCGCAUACCCUGAGCGGAAGGACUCUGUGUGGAUCGGCGGCUCCAUCCUGGCCUCCCUCUCCACCUUCCAGCAGAUGCUGGUCAGCAAGCAGGAGUACGACGAGUCCGGCCCCUCCAUCGUGCACCGCAAAUGCUUCUGACCCCAUGGCCUAACCACUCCCCCUGGUGGACAAGCAGGAGUACGACGAGUCCGGCCCCUCCAUCAUGGACCGCAAAUGCUUCUGAACCCAUGGCCUAUCCACUCCCCCUGCUGGACAAGCAGGAGUACUACGAGUCCGGCCCCUCCAUUGUGGACCGCAGAUGCUUCUGACCCCAUGGCCUCUUACUCCCCCUAAUGGACAAGCAGGAGUACGACGAGUCCGGCCCCUCCAUCGUGCACAGUAAAUGCUUCUGACCCCAUGGCCUCUUACUCCCCCUGGUGGACAAGCAGGAGUACUACGAGUCCGGCCCCUCCAUCGUGUGUGUGUGUGUGUGUGUGUGUGUGUGUGUGUGUGUGUGUGUGUGUCUGUGUGUCUGUGUGUGUGUGUGUGUGUGUGUGUGUGUGUGUGUGUGUGGUAAGCAUAAAGGAUCCGUGCAGACCAGCAGAGGCACUGGAAUAUCUUCCUGCAACAUUCCUGUCCAUUUCUUUGCCAAAUUGAAUCGUUGAAAUUGUUUAUUUUCUGAAGUAAUGUAAAGAGUGUUUAAACUUUCAGUAUCUGUUUCCUGUAUGUCAAAGAUGAAAAUAAAACAGCAUUGACAAAAAGCAUAUUGAGAUUGUUGUGAUUGUUGAGAUUGUUUUUAUCAAUUUCCCUCCAUAAGUGUUGUUGUUGUUUUUUUUAAGUAUAUUUUUGGGCUUUUUUUAUGCCUUUAAUGAUAGAGACAGUAGAGAAUCCACUAAUCUGCUUGUUUGCUCUCUCCCAGUGGACUAUAAACAUCAUUCAUAACAAUAGUGUUGUUUUUUAUCAUGGGAUUUGUCUUCCUAACUAUAAACAUCAUUCAUAACAAUAGUGUUGUUUUUGAUCAUGUGAUUUGUCUUCCUAACUAUAAACAUUCAUAACAAUAGUGUUGUUUUGAUCAUGGGAUUUGUCUUCCUAACUAUAAACAUUCAUAACAAUAGUGUUGUUUUUGAUUUGUCUUUCUAACUAUAAACAUCAUUCAUAACAAUAGUGUUGUUUUCGAUCAUGUGAUUUGUCUUCCUAACUAUAAACAUUCAUAACAAUAGUGUUGUUUUGAUCAUGGGAUUUGUCUUCCUAACUAUAAACAUUCAUAACAAUAGUGUUGUUUUUUAU